AUGCUCCAAUGGAUCUACGCCGCUUCUUCUUCUUCUCGCCUGAGAAAAGCCACUCGCCGUCAACUUCGCCAAUUUUUCUCGCCUGAGCGAAUGGUGGCUCUCUCUGCUCCAAUGGAUCUACGCCGCUUCUUUUUCUUCUUCUCGCCUGAACAAAGCCACUCGCCGUUAACCUUUGCUGCCUCUCCCUCGCCAUUAACCCCCGCCUCAUCUCCCUUCUCCGCCUCUCUCUCCCUCGCAUCCCUCCUCUCACUGUUGGAUCUUUCUCUCUCUGCUAGAGUAAGACUAGAUUCUGUAUUGGUUGCUGCAGGAUAUGGCUGA